AUGUGGUCUCAGAUACUCCAGGAAGUCGCCGCCGCUCGACAUGUCCUGAUGACGUGCUAUUCGGCAGAGAUCGAUGGAGAUGCCUUUGCUUUUGGGUUAAGUGCAUUGAAGGAUAUUACAUCUGAUCCGCACCUCCAAAAUCAUAUCAGCUCGAUAGUAUAUCUGAUAAAGUAUGUGCACUUGCGACCUAAGCGUGCAAUUGGUCGCUCCGAUGGAUUUUCCCUGGACAUACGUCCGCUAGCGGAACUGGCCAUUAUGUAUAAGGACUGUGAGGCCACUGAUCGCCGAGACAAGGUCUAUGCGUUACUAAACAUGGGUUCUGACAAUAAUGCUUCGAAAUCUCUAUUGCCCGACUAUAGCUUGCCGUGGAAAGAUGUGUUUGAUCGACUCAUCAGGUUCUAUGCUGGCGAGCAAGUGUGUGUACAGACCUGGGAUGAUGAAGAUAUUGCGGUGAUUAAAGGCAAAGGUUGUGUUCUGGGCGUGGUAAGCACGGAAGGAUCGCCCCAAGAUACGUGGUACUUCCGAGACCUGCCACCGUUGACCAAGGAGGGCGAUAUCGUCUGCCUUUUGCAAGGAGCAUCUGAGGCUACGAUCAUAAGGGCAUAUGAUGACUACUGUGCCGUUGUGGCAAUCGGACUCAUCCCUAAGCAUGCAUCUCCAUCAUCGGGGCCUAGCCCCAUGGUGAAUUGGGAAGUACUGGAUAAGUGGCAUGACCUCCUGCAGUCGGUAACCGUAUAUCCUCGGGAUUUCUUCCUUGUAUGGGAUCGGCAAAAGCUUGGAGGGAUAGAGAAGACAGCAAAUGGCUCGAGGAUAAUCGAAUACCGGAGCAUGCCAAGGAGCAGUUAG